CCCAUGCUGGUUUUUCUGUGAAUUAUUGCUUGCCACAUAACAUCAGUGAAAGAACGUGGGAUUUUGAUAAUAAUAGCGACAUGACGUUGAGGAAGAAGGGAUUAGGUGCCGUGAAAUCAUCAUCAAACACAAAUCGAAAAGUAGUUGGUGAUGGAGGAUUAGGGUUAGGGUUAGACUGUGAUAAGUAUAAGAAAGGAUUUGGGAGGAAGAGGGUUUUGAUUCCCAUUGGCAAGAACCGAGAGCUUGAAGCUCUUCCUCAAGACAUCCUGAUAAGAGUUAUAUGUGGAGUGGAGCAUGGAGAUUUAAAGCAGUUGUUUAAUGUGUCAAAGACUAUACGUGAAGCUACAUUGAUUGCGAAGAAAUCCCAUUUUGAAUACAUAACACCAAGGAAAACUCUGUUUUUCCGGGACGAGCUUGAUCAUUUGGGAGAUGAGACCGAAGUUCCAUUGAAGAAAAAAUGCCGCCUUUCCAGGAUAUCCUGCGAAAAGAAAGCUUCUAAAAUCUCAGUAGCUCUUUUCAAAUGAAUAUCUGACCACUUGGAUUUGAGGAUCAGGUCUUUUCCCCUUUCUUGUUGUGGGAAACCUAAUGAAAAUAUUGGACACCACGUGCAAUCACACGAUCCAGUUUCUUCCAGAGCUUUAGUUGAAGAACUGGUUGAAGUUAAACUUCUUUAGUUUUCUUCUUAGGAGCUUUGUUUGGUCGGUCUGUAAAUUGUUGUUAGAUAGAGAGAUGAUAGUCUUUUGAAAUGCUUGCUUGGCACAUAAAGUGCAAUUUUUGUUCUACUAACCAAUUUUUGAAACCUAAUUGUUUGUUCUACUAACC